AUGGCUGAACGGAGAAUCUCCUAUGCGGCCGAUGUCGAAAAUGGCCAGACCAACACUCGCACUUCUACUGAUAUCAACAACGAUGGCCCCGCUCUUGAUGAGUACACCGCUUUGAACCGUUACAUCUCGACUGCUCGCGAUCGCCGUCGCGGUUCCACCUCCAGCGCUGGUGGUCUCAAUGAGGGCGAGAAGCCCAAGAAGAGAUGGUGGAAUUUCGGGGGCUCUAGCACUACUACCAGCAACGAGCCCUUCGUCGCUCCCGACGACUGGGUUGACACCGACAUUCGCGCUGGUUUGAAGGGCUCAGACAUUGAGAUCCGUCGUCGCAAGACUGGCUACAACGAGCUUGUCACGGAAAAGACGAAUCUGUUCGUUCAGUUUAUUGGUUACUUCCGUGGCCCCAUUCUUUAUGUUAUGGAAUUGGCUGUCCUCUUGGCUGCUGGUCUUCGUGACUGGAUUGACUUGGGUGUCAUUAUCGGUAUUUUGAUGCUUAACGCUAUUGUCGGUUGGUACCAGGAGAAGCAAGCUGCCGAUGUCGUCGCUUCUCUCAAGGGUGAUAUUGCUAUGCGUGCCUGGGUUAUCCGUGACGGUUCCGAGCAGGAGAUCCUUGCCCGCGAGCUCGUCGUCGGUGAUAUCGUCAUUCUCGAGGAAGGUCAGGUCGUCCCUGCCGAUGUCCGUCUUAUCUGCGACUACGAACAACCCGGUGACUUCGACAAAUACAAGGAGCUCCUCGCUACCAUGGCUGAGGACACUCUCAAGGAGAAGGGUGAAGAUGAUGACGAGGAGGAGCACCACACCGGCCACUCCAUCGUUGCCGUUGACCAGUCCGCCAUCACUGGUGAAUCUCUCGCUGUCGACAAGUACAUGGGUGACACUUGCUACUACACCACUGGUUGCAAGCGUGGCAAGGCUUACGCUGUUGUCACUGCUACCGCCAAGCACUCCUUCGUCGGAAAGACCGCCUCUCUCGUCCAGGGUGCUCAAGACCAGGGUCACUUCAAGGCUAUCAUGAACUCCAUCGGUACAUCUCUUCUCGUCUUGGUCAUGUUCUUCAUUCUCGCUGCCUGGGUUGGUGGUUUCUUCCGUCACCUCAAACUCGCUACCCCCGAAUGGUCCGACAACAGUCUCCUUCGUUACACUUUGAUUCUCUUCAUCAUCGGUGUCCCCGUCGGUCUUCCUGUCGUUACCACAACCACUCUCGCUGUCGGUGCUGCCUACCUUGCCCAGCAAAAGGCUAUCGUCCAGAAGUUGACUGCCAUCGAGUCCCUUGCUGGCGUUGAUGUUCUCUGCUCUGAUAAGACCGGUACUUUGACUGCUAACCAGCUCUCCAUCCGUGAGCCCUACGUCGCCGAGGGUGUUGAUGUCAACUGGCUCUUCGCUGUUGCUGCCAUCGCCUCCUCCCACAAUGUCAAGAACUUGGAUCCCAUUGACAAGGUUACCAUUCUUACUCUCCGUCGUUACCCCAAGGCUCGUGAGAUCCUCGCCCGCAACUGGGUUACCGAGAAGUACACUCCUUUCGACCCCGUCUCCAAGCGUAUUACCACUGUCUGCACUUGCGAUGGUGUCCGUUACACUUGCGCCAAGGGUGCCCCCAAGGCUAUCCUCAACUUGUCCGAGUGCUCCGAGGAAGAAGCCCGUCUCUACCGUGACAAGGCUGCUGAAUUCGCUCGCCGUGGUUUCCGUUCUCUCGGUGUCGCCGUCCAGAAGGAGGGUGAGCCCUGGCAAUUGCUUGGAAUGUACCCCAUGUUCGACCCCCCACGUGACGACACUGCCCACACCAUCACUGAAGCCCAGAACCUUGGUCUUUCCGUUAAGAUGUUGACUGGUGACGCUAUCGCUAUUGCCAAGGAAACUUGCAAGAUGCUUGCUCUCGGUACCAAGGUCUACAACUCUGAGCGUCUUAUCCACGGUGGUCUCACUGGUGCCCGCCAGCACGAUCUCGUUGAGCGUGCCGAUGGUUUCGCCGAAGUCUUCCCCGAGCACAAGUACCAGGUCGUCGAGAUGUUGCAACAGCGUGGUCACUUGACUGCCAUGACUGGUGACGGUGUCAACGAUGCCCCCUCUCUCAAGAAGUCUGACUGUGGUAUUGCCGUCGAGGGUGCUACCGAGGCUGCUCAGGCUGCUGCUGAUAUUGUCUUCCUUGCUCCUGGUCUUUCCACCAUCGUCGACUCGAUCAAGGUCGCUCGUCAGAUCUUCCAGCGUAUGAAGGCUUAUAUCCAGUACCGUAUUGCUCUCUGUCUCCAUUUGGAAAUCUACCUUGUCUCCACCAUGAUCAUCAUCGACGAGACCAUUCCCUCCGACAUGAUCGUCUUCAUUGCCCUCUUCGCUGAUUUGGCUACCAUCGCUGUCGCUUACGACAACGCUCAUUACGAACAACGUCCCGUCGAAUGGCAACUUCCCAAGAUCUGGGUCAUCUCCAUCAUUCUCGGAAUCUUACUCGCUGCCGGUACCUGGAUUGUCCGUGGUGCCAUGUUCAUGGCCAACGGUGGUAUCAUUGAGAACUUCGGUCACCCCCAGGGCAUCAUCUUCCUUGAGGUUGCUCUUACUGAGAACUGGUUGAUCUUUGUUACUCGUGGUGGCAAGACCUAUCCUUCCUGGCAACUCGUCGGCGCCAUCUUCGGUGUCGAUGUCUUGGCUACUCUCUUCUGUGUCUUCGGAUGGUUGACCCAGCCCGAGCACCAGGUCACUCACCCCGCUGACCCCGCCCAAUUCUCAUCCGACGGCCGCACCAGCAUCGUUACCGUUGUCAUCAUCUGGGCUUACUCCAUUGGUGUCACCAUUGUUGUUGCCACCGUCUACGCUAUCCUCACUGACAUCCCCUGGUUGGACAACCUCGGUCGUCAGACUCGCUCCAAGGCCGACACUGCCAUUGAGAACAUGAUUGGCCAUCUCUCCAAGUUGGCUAUUGAGCAUGAGCAAGACCGUGCCACUGGCAACUCCCGCUACGUCAUCGCUCCUCGUGCCCCUGAGGAAGAGGAGGACGAGUAA